AUGUCUACCGAAUUAAUCGCGCGGCAAGCGGUGAUUUUGGAGGAGAUCAAAAGGAUACAGGCAAAUUUCAAGAAGGACUCCGCGAUCAGGAAGACUUCUAAGUAUCUGACAGACCGAUUAGAGAAAUUGGAGAAUCUGUGGUUAGAGUGCGUAGAGAAUGACGCUCAACUACAGAAGGAACAUGACAAAAGCCAUCAAUAUUUCACCGAGAAUAUCUUCGAUGUAGUUUCGACCUGGUACGCGGGGACUCGGAAGGCCCUGCAAGCUAGCAACAUGCCCGCAUCUGUUGAUACUGAGGCUGGAACGAGUGACAUAAAGACGAUCAACGUCGAGGAGCAAGUGACGGCCGCUGCCAAGGACGAGAAAGAGAAGACAGCGGCAGAAGUGAUUUUUGACACCAAGAAGUUUCUCGGAGAGGACACAAAAUUGAUGGAACAUAAGCAGCUUCAGAAUGCGAAUUUCAGAGCGCUAAAAAGGUACGUGGAAAGUAUUAAAAUUGACACGGUAAAUGAAAAAUGGGAAAUUGAGGAUAAGUUAAAAUUGUUGCAAACGCGAUGGACUGCCGUAGAGAAUGUUCAUUUGCAAAUUGACAGUAUUACAAACGGCACUGACAUCGACUAUUACGACAAUUAUAUGCUCCAUGAGCUGAAAUAUGAGCGAGUAAAGAAGAGUCUUAAUAGUAAACUUUCAUCGUCUAUUCACCAACAGUUAACUUUGCCUAAGCUGGAAAUCCCUCAAUUUUUUGGAAACUAUACACAAUGGCCUACUUUCAAGGAAUUAUAUAACGUGGCUAUUCAUAACAAUCCUGCGUUAUCAAAGGCGCAGAAAAUGCAGCAUUUAAAAGGAAAAUUGAAGGGGGAAGCGGAAAAACUUGUACAACAUCUACAAAUAACCGCCGAAAACUAUGAUGUAUGUUGGGAGCUCUUGACACAUAGAUAUAAUAACAAACAGGUGUUAUUUACGAAACAAUUCCAGACAUUUAUGAGACAACCUAACUUACAAAAACAAUCGUCGGCAGACUUGAAGCGGUUAUAUGACACUAGCAUGGAAACAAUACACGCGAUCUAUAACUUGGGCGUAGAUACGGCAAGUUGCGAUCCAGUCCUUGUCCAUAUACUAUGCGAAAAAUUGGAUACUGACACAUACUCCGAUUACAUGAAAAUGAGAGCACAUCCCCGCGAAUUGCCCUCCCUUGACGAAUUCAUGGGUUUCAUAGAAGCGAAAUUCACGGCCCUCGAACCUUUGACAAAGCGCAAAUCUGACACCAGUCCGGCCAAACCAGCGCAACCGGCUUACCGACAAUCGCAUACUUUUAAUAAAUACACAAAAUCCACAAACCAAUCGUCAAAGGGCCCGAUGAACUCAAAUUAUCAUUCCAACUAUCACGUAUCUACCAAUAAAAUUAAAUGCUCAUUAUGCAAUGAUGAUCACGCGCUAUUUCAAUGCAAACGCUUUCUCAGCAUGACACCAAAUGAGCAAUUAAAGCAUGUUACUAAGUCCAACAUAUGCAAAAAUUGCUUAUAUGUCCAUACAAAGAAUUAUUGCAAAUCUGAGAAACGUUGUAAGGAGUGCAAUGAACCGCACAAUACGAUGAUACAUAAGGCCUUUGCGAACCAGCCGUCAUCGUCGUCAUCUCCUGCCGUACCAUCACAGAGACAGGCGCAAAACAGCUUCGUCGUUGGCAGUGAUGAAGAUUCUUUAUUACCUACAGCGCUAAUACAGGUGGCCGACGAAAAUGGGAAUUACCACACGCUUCGGGCACUGAUAGACCAGGGGAGUGAAAUCACAUUAAUUACCGAAAACGCAGUACAAACGCUGGGUCUGCAAAGACAAGCACUAGCAGGGAACAUAACGGGCGUUGGAACCUUAUCCAACAAAAGCAGGGGUAAAGUACACUUGAAAUGUAAGUCGUUACAUAACGAUUUCGAAUUCUUUACGGAUGCACUAAUACUGACACGCGUGGUCCGCGAUCUACCCAGUACCACAUUUGCAAAAAAGAACUGGGGACACAUUGACAACAUUACGUUAGCAGACCCGCAAUACAACAUUUCUCAUCAAAUCGACCUUUUACUAAAUGUGCAAGUGUACUCCAAAGUAGUAAUGAACGGCCUCUUGAAAGGCGAAACAGGCCCCAUAGCACAGCAGACGCAACUAGGAUGGAUACUUUCAGGCGUCGUCAAAUCAUACAACUGUCACGUGGUUAUCAAUGACACAGAGGAUUUAGCAAAAUAUUGGGAGGUAGAGGACAUCACUGACAAUAAAAAUCAAUUGACAUCACAGGAAGAGUACUGCGAAAACUUUUAUGCAACCACCACUCGCCGAUUGGAAAACGGGAAGUAUGAGGUCCGACUACCGAUGAAAGAAAAUUUUGCACAACAUUUGGGAGAAUCGAAACCACAAGCAAUAGCACAAUUUCGACAGCUUGAAAGGAAAUUAAUGAAGGAUGAGAACUUGUCGGCAGGUUACAAAAAAUUCAUAGAUGAAUACCUGGAAAUGGGACACAUGAAAGAAUGUUCCGCAGUGUUCAACCCUCAAUGUCAUCUGAGUCAUCAUGCUGUGCACAAGAGCGAUUCACUAACCACAAAGCUUCGCGUCGUGUUCAAUGGAUCCCAAAGGACCUCCUCGGGACAGAGCCUGAAUGAUCUAAUGGAAUGUGGACCCAAAUUACACCAAGAUUUGCAAACACUCCUUCUCCAAUGGAGACGAUACAAAUUUGUUAUGACUACCGACUGUGAAAAAAUGUAUAGAAUGAUCCUGGUUCACGAAAAAGAUCAGCAUCUCCAGAAAAUCAUAUGGCGAGAUAACCCGAACCAGCCCUUAAAAGAAUACCAACUUACAACUGUGACAUACGGCCAAAAGGCUGCCCCAUUUCUAGCCCUAAGGACUCUAAAACAACUGGCCAUCGACGAUGCAGAAAAAUACCCCUUAGCGGCAAACGUCAUAAAUAACGAAAUUUAUGUCGAUGACGUUUUGACAGGAAGUGACAAUUUAGAUCAGGCUCUAGAAAUCCAAAAUCAAUUGAUAUGCAUACUUAAAGGAGCCGGAUUUAACUUAAGGAAGUGGAUGAGCAAUACGAAAGCAUUGCUAGAAAAUAUCCCGGACGACAGCAUUAGUCCCACCGUCAUCGAUUUCAACAAUGCCCAUGCGACUAAAACGCUCGGAUUACAAUGGCAUCCCGCACGUGACACUUUCUCGUUUAAAAACACGUUCAAUGACAAACCCAAGGGGAAACUUACAAAACGCAGUAUACUAUCGGAAAUUUCAAAAAUAUACGACCCCUUAGGAUUCCUGACCCCCUUGACAAUAAAGGCUAAAAUACUGUUUCAAUCUAUAUGGCAAUCUAACUGCAACUGGGAUGAUACAGUAUCCGAACAAGUACAAAAUGAUUGGUACAAAUUUACCACUGACAUACGUGACAUAGAAACCAUAGAAAUACCACGAUGGUUGGGUGACAUGACACACGAUUUCGAGAUACACGGAUUUUGCGAUUCGUCAGAAAAGGCUUACGCAUGCUGCAUCUACGUCCGUACGGCAGACGUGCAGAACAAACCCGUCGUAACUCUUAUCGCCGCUAAAUCCCGAUUAGCCCCCAUAAGCCAAAGUCAAAAACAGACUUUGCCCCGACUAGAACUUUGUGCCACGGUACUUUUAUCACAACUCAUGAAAAAGGUGAUUCAAGCUCUUAAGUGGGAGUGCUUACCUGACAACACAUUUGCAUGGUCAGACUCUAUGAUUACGCUAAGCUGGCUCAAGGGCGACCCUACGAAAUGGAAAACGUUCGUCAGCAACAGAGUCAAACAAGUGCUCGACGUUAUUCCUAGCGCGCAUUGGAACCACGUCAAAUCAGAAGAUAACGCCGCAGAUUGCGCCACAAGAGGUCUUAGCGUAUCUAACUUGAAAGCCCACUCGCUUUGGUGGCAAGGUCCAGAAUGGUUAAAAAAUUUUGACAAAACCUCGCUUGACAACAAGAUACCCGCGACAGAUUGUGAAGUCAAACCAAAACAAGCGAAUGUUGUGCAAUCAGAGCCACCGUCGCUAAUAAUGGAAUUACUAAGCCGACAUAGCAACAUGACUCAUAUCACUCGAGUCUUAGCAUGGAUUUUGCGCUUUAUUGCAAUAACACGAAUGCGGACUAUGAAAGCUAAGCUAUUCUACUUAACAGUGGCCGAGUUACUAACUGCAGAAAAGGUCAUUGUCAAGCAUAUUCAGCACUACGACUUCCCCGACGAAAUAAGGAAGUUACGUGCAACCAAAACUGUCAGUACGAAAAGUAACAUUUUAAAACUCAAUCCGUUCUUAGAUGACAAUGAUGUCCUGAGAGUAGGAGGCAGGCUGAACAACUCCUCUCUCCAUGACUACACGAAACAUCCAAUGAUUAUUGCAAAAAAUAGCAGAUUGACAGAAUUAUUAGUAAAACGAGCACACUUAGAAAACCUUCAUGGUGGUCCUAAAUUAACCCUAGUGCACCUACGCGACAAAUACUGGAUUGUAGGGGGAUACCAAGCAGUCAAAAAAUAUCUCCACCAGUGCGUUACGUGUCGGAGAUUCAACGCCGCACAACAACAACAAAUUAUGGCAGACCUACCUCGACCGAGAGUGACACCAUCCCGCCCCUUCUUACACACGGGAAUAGAUUUUACAGGAUUUGUUGACAUUAAAGCAAACAAGGGCAGAGGGAUAAAGACACUGAAGGCCUACAUAGCCGUAUUUGUCUGUCUUGCAACAAAAGCAGUACACCUAGAAUUGGUAUCAGAACUCAGCAGCAGUGCAUUCUUGGCAGCCUUCCGCCGGUUUUGUGCGAGACGUGGAGCACCAAAAGACAUGUACAGCGACAAUGGGACCAAUUUUGUAGCCGCUAAUCGGCAACUGCAAAAAGAACAUAAGGAAAUAUUACAAAGCAUGGAUACAACAGUAAUAAACUGUCUUACUGACAAGGGCACAACCUGGCACUUUAACGCCCCCGCUUGGCCUUCAGCAGGCGGCCUAUGGGAGGCAAGUGUUAAAAGUACUAAAUACCAUUUAAAAAGGGUAAUUGGGGAGCAAAAAUUGACUUACGAGGAAUUUUCGACUUUGCUGCACUAA